CCGGAUCAGAAAGGGGACCAUGAGUUGGAUUCCGUUCAAGAUUGGGCAGCCUAAGAAACAGAUUGUACCCAAGACACCUUGGUAAAGGGGACAUGGAGCCCUUUUCAUGCCAAUCGUCCUUGAUGUGUUUUCUAAAGAUUACAGAGGGAAUCCUUAAAAAGUAAGAUUCGUUGAGAGGGAUUUUGAACGGGAGUAUGGAAAACUUCAGCAGCUGGAAGAUCAGACUAAGAAGCUCCAGAAGGACAUGAAGAAAAGCACAGAUGCCGACCUAGCAAUGUCUAAGUCAGCAGUGAAAAUCUCAUCUGACUUACUCUCCAACCCACUCUGUGAACAAGACCCCAAAUUUCUCGAGAUGGUGAUGGCUCUGGACACAGCCAUGAAGAGAAUGGACUCUUUUAACCAAGAGAAGGUGAACCAAAUCCAAAAGACAGUCAUAGAGCCCUUGAAAAAAUUCAGUGGUGUUUUCCCCAGCCUGAACAAUGCAGUGAAACGGCGUGAGCAAGUUCUGCAGGAGUAUAAACGGCUGCAGUCCAAGUUGGAGAAAUAUGAAGAGAAGGAGAAGACCGGGCCCAUCCUGACCAAGUUGCACCAGGCACGGGAAGAACUGAGGCCAGUGAAAGAUGACUUUGAGGCUAAGAACAAGCAGCUUCUGGAAGAGAUGCCCAAAUUUUACAGCAGCCGGAUCGAUUACUUCAAGCCGAGUUUUGAAUCUCUGAUCCGGGCUCAGGUUGUGUACUAUACUGAAAUGUACAAAAUCUUUGGCGACUUAACAGAACAGAUUGAUGAGCCCGGCCUGACAGAUGAGCAGAGGGAGAAGGAAAAUGAAGCCAAGCUGAACGAACUGAGGGCCCUUUCUAUCGUUGCUGAUGACUGACCUCCAAGUCAAAGUCUCCAAAGCAGCAGCUGCUGGUGCCAGGGGCCAGGAGUGGAAAUCGCCUUUUGCUCCCUGCUCUCUAAUAAAGACCUGGGACUGACUUUUAACCCCAUGCAAACAUGCCAUUUUGAUCUGGUGUCUCUGCAGCAGUCCUCCAAAGGCUGAAUUCUAUCAACGACAAUGUGGCAGGAUCCUCAUCACUGCAGCUUGCAUAGGGGUGUUUGUGACUAAGUUCCUGGACUCUGGAAGGGGGCAACAGCAGCUUAUUACCCCAAGACACCAUCAUUUACAUACAAGCAUCUAACUUAUGCUGCUUUCUUCAUGGUGUAUUGAGCAAUGUGAGUCUCUCUACUGUGGGGUGUGAAGUCAAUUACUGUAGUUACCCCCACCCCCAAUCUGUAGCGUUACAGAGAAGCUGCUGUCAUAGUAGCUGGCCAGUUUCAACAUAGGAUUGAGCCACUGUGCCUUUAAGGGAAAUCUUUUCAUCCUGCUGAGGCCUUGUUCUACAGGCAGCACUGUAGAAGGCUGUCUAAAAAUAGUAGCAUUUUUCAAUACUGGAUAUAAUAGUUUAAUUCUGCUAAUGUAGUUUAAUUGUUAUGAGCCCAGAGAAAGGCUGCCGUGGAGCAGGAAAGGCAAUAUAAUAUAUAUGGCCUUCAUGCAGAUCCCAUGCAUUCUACAUCUGACCCUGUGCAGGCCUACGUAGAGUUACAGAAAUACCCACAUGAAUAUCAGUGGUAGGCGUGUAACCUGUUUUCCUGUGAGGCUGUCUGCCUAUCUUGUGCUAGGGACGGGGGGUUAAGCUAAUAAGGAAGAACAUGCCCUAUUCUUCAGAGAAAGCUUCUCUGGAAAACAGGUUUCCUCCUCCUUGGUCCACCACAGGUGUUUUUCCUGCUGUAUCCUCAUUUAUGGUUAAUCAAAAUGUAAAGCCAGGAGGUAGAUGACUUUUAACAAUUUUAUGUGCUCUUGUAACCCUUGACUCUGAUUUUAUUUUUACAAAAAAAGAA